CGCGUUUCGUAGCGUUGUACUGUGAAUAGUUUUAUUCUGAUUGCCACUUGUGCAAAUGGCCGCCGGUGAUACCAAAGUAAACGCAACUACUGGCGUGAAUGCCGACGAAGACGAACGCCCCAACGAUGAAGAAUAUCAGGAGCUGGAGAAUCGUAGCGAGCUCGGUGAUGAAGACCUAACAGAAGCAGAAAUGGAGGCUUUACGUCGUGAGUUGGCUGCGGAAAUAUCAGAGUUGGAGUGGGAGUUUAGACAGGCAAAAGAAACUUUGUACAACGAACGAAUUGCACAGGUUGAAAGCAAAUUAGCUCAGGCUCGCUCCGGUUCUGCUCCCGAGUUUCUACAUGUAGCGUCUCUCGUUGAGGAGACCUACAGAAUACGACACCAGGUUGCGAAAUGCCGGAGAGAUUUCGCGAUCGAAGUGGCGGACAAAGAAUUGGACAAUGAACUACAAAUAGCUCAGUGUAACACCACUGAGCGGCUAUUGACAACAGAAGAUCAACUCCGUCUGCGACUUCAGGAAAGUCUGUGCAAACUACAAGUUGAACGAGCAACUAUGGCUCUUCAGUCGCACAAUCAGCACAACAGUCAACGCAGAACCCGCUCCAGUGAAAAUGAUUCCAACGGCAAUCUAGAGUCCCAACCCAGAGGUAUCCUGUCUGCCCUCGACACCAACUUCUAUCUCCCAGCUCCCAACCUUGAACCCCGCAAGAAACCAGUCAGUCUAUCUCCCACCGCGCCGCGACUUAUCUAUCAGCUUCCAGAGGAAGAUAUUCGCGCUGAUGUGGAUGCAAUCAUGGCGGCCGUCAAGGAACACAAACUGGCUGUCGCCAUGGCAGAAAUGAACGGAGGCAAACGCGUUUGUUAA